AUUAUAUUAAGCACUUAGGGGUGCGACUAUAAUUUUUAGGAAAUAAAUUUUGUAAUGAAGUAGUGACGGAUUAUAUUGUUAAAAAAAUAUUAUACAGAUUUUUCAAAAACACAGAAAACUAGUAAUUUCUUUUGAAAAAAGAAUCGCAUAUAUAGGAAGUGUAAAGCAGUAAUAACACACAAUUUAAAAAAAAUAAUUUGACAUCCAUAAUUUGUAAUGUCAUAUAGAAAUAAAAUAUUACUUUAACAAAACAUGAGUAGCCAAAAAUUUGCACCAAACUACCAACAUCAGUUUGUCGAAACGAUAACGCAUGAUGUUAAUAGUGCAAUUCAGGAUGCUGAGAAAAAAACAAAAAAGUGUGCUAAAAUGAAUAUACAACGUAAUCCUCCAUUGCAAUAUGGUGUAGAAGAUAAUUGGACAUGGAGUACUCGGCAUCGAUCAAUCGAAACGCUUUUAUGUGGUAAUCAAAAUCGAAGAGUACAUUUCCAUUCAAAUUGGAGUAGGGGUACAGCUGCUAUAAGAGGUAAUAGAAUUUUAAAUAAUGGUCGUUAUUAUUGGGAAUUACAAGUUGGUGACAGAGUUUAUGGAACUAGUAUAAUGUUUGGUAUCGGAACAGAAAAUGCACGCUUGCAUAAUAGAACAUUUACAAAUAUGCUCGGAGAAGAUGCUAAUGGAUGGGGGUUAUCACAUAAAGGUGUUUUAUGGAAUAAUGGAAUAGCUCUUAUGUAUACAAAACCAUUUCGAGAAAACUGUCCUACAGUAAUAGGGUUGCUGUUUGAUGGUAUAAAUGGAACACUAACUUACUAUAAAGAUGGAGAAUGUUUAGGUGUUGCAUUUCGAGGGCUAGACAAGGUUAAACAUCCAUUAUAUCCAAUUGUUAGUUCAACUGCAGCAAAAACUGAAAUGACAUUAAUAAAUACAAGAAGAGAUUUUGUAAAUUUACAGGAUCGAUGUAGAGCAGAGAUUAUUAAACAUAUUAAAAGUCCAGCUGAUUUAAAAUAUUUAACAUUACCUAGUAUAAUAACAAAUUAUUUGGCUGAAGCUUUCAAUGGUAUAAAACCAUUACGACCUGUCGACAAUUAUGAUGUAUUGGAUUUUUGAAUAAAUUUUUGAAAAUAUAACUUUUAUAUUUUAAUUACGAAUUUUCGAUUUUUAAUAUUUAUAAUUAUUAAAUAUUAUAUAUGUGUUGCUUUAAUAAUAAAAAAUUUGUAAUAAAAUAGCUUAAAAUUUAAGAAAAUAUGGAAUCUUAGCGUCUUAAAAUGUUCGAUACUGUUGGUAUUUAAAUAAUCUAAAGCUUAAAUGACAAACCAAAAAAAAAAAUUUAGAACUUUUUCAUCAAUAUUCAAAUACAAUAUUUGAUUAAAAAUAGCACA